AUGCAAGGCGGGCUGAGGUGGUGGGAGGGACAGAAGAUCAACAAGUUCCCCAUCGCCAGUAUGACCACCACUGCCACCCAAGACAAUGACCUUAAUGUCAUAUAUCUACGAUUGAGCCGUGGCUCAGUUACCACAGCCCUAAACUUCACUGCAUACCGUCGAGGCCGUGUGGAGAUUGCGUUAGCGGAGGACGACAACGACAACAUUGUAUUCGCUGUCCGUCGCACAGCUGUGACCAGCAGGGAUGGCAGUGAACCACACCUGAGCACUGGUGGAGAAGCAGAUGGAACUCAGGCAACACAGUUUGCGCCGCAGGAGGCACAGGAGGUUGGGUACUCAGAGGCAAGUCACAUGCAGACACAGGAGGAAGGAGCAUCUCAACACCGUGAUCGUCCCAUCCCGCUGGGAGUUGGCAACAGAAGAAUCAUAGUCACGGCGAUUGAGUCGAGCACGCGAGCUGGCGAGCCUGAGGGUGCUCGACGUCGCUCGGGUAAUUUCCGCAUCAUGGAUGCGGAAAUUACCCGAGCCGCGGCGACAACGAUGCCCAGCUUUGGACUGUGGGAAUCGAGACUUAGAGUAUGCGCGCGCGGUCCUCUCGCUCUCACACUCACACUCACUCAGUAUCUGAGCAGCACCUACGGCGCGCUCGGCGCCGUCCACCGCUGGGCGUCUCAGAAGCCAGGCGAGCGUCAUCGGGUGGAACGCGUCAACCGCCCUGGACGGGUUCUGGCUCUGGCUCUGGCUCUGGCUCUGGCUCUGGCCCACCCCUACCGUCCACGUCGUUCUGCUGGCGCUCGCACUGAGUCCCAGGCACUCCGGGAGCCCGAGCGCGGCGUCGCGGGCUACUCGCCGCUCACGCCCGGCAGUCCACUGGCGCACACGCCGGGCGCGUACAGCCAUAGCCAUUCGCCGCUGACGCCGUCGCAGAGACAGAGUCUGCAGCAGGUCUGGCGGUAUCCGCUGCGCGGUGCGAGUGGGUCUGAGCGCGAGCGCGAGACGGACCCGUGGCAUGCGGCGCUUGCGUCGGGGCUGGAUGCGGUGCCGCUUCGUGAGCGCACGCCGACGCCGCGCGUUGAGCUGUCGGUGCCAGAGGAUGUUGAGCGUGAGGGCGAGUUGUCGGCGGACGAAAGUGUCGAUGGGGGCGAGCUCGAGCGGAAGCAGCUUACGGUAGGGACGAGGCGUUCCACCAACGUUCUCCAUCGCCACCGACGAUCCCCUCUCUCCCAUCCAUCGCUUACACACCCGCGAGCAGAUCGUGCGCGCGCUGAAAGGGACAUACCGCGUGCUCUGCCCGUCGCUCCAGCGCCUGCGGCACAAGACGCUCAUCGCGCAGGCUGCGAGGACGUGAUGCACGCAGCGACCGCCGCCUUGUGCCCUCGCCACCGAACUGCAUACACCAACCGUGAUGCAUGCGCGACGGACGCGAUGCACGCAGCGACCGCCGCCUUGUGCCGUCGCCACCGUGCCGUGUGCACCAAGCGCGAUGCAUAUGCGACGAGCACGCCACGAACGCAGCGGAAGCAGCGUGCACCAAACGCGACAGGAUGA